AGAUUUGAGAAUUAUCACGCUAGCGAGCUAUUUCCCUAGGCAAGCGUGCUAAGGUGUUUAGCUGGCACGAGUUGCCAUGAAACAUGAUAUAGAAAGGAAUAGAGAAUAAAGUGUUAUUGAUAAGUUAAAUGUUUGAAGUUUCUUUACCUUCGACAUAGGUAUCAUCCGGGAAAAGGAAAGCUUACAGGGACAGUGUUGUGGCUGUCAUCUAUAAUUCAUCAUCACUGACAACGUAGCAGCAAGGAGUAGAUAAAUCAACCUAUUUAAUAAACACGCAUGGAAGUUUUAUCAUAAACAUGUCAUCAAGAAAUUGUUGUGUACCAAAUUGCAAGUCCAAUUAUUUGGUACCAAAUCACCAUUUUCCCAAGAAUGUACGCAUAAAUGAAAUGUGGAAAGAAGCAGUAUGCUCACCUGUUAUUAAUGCACUAACAGUACAAGAAAGAACAAAAUAUAAAGUAUGCCACUUGCACUUUCCUGAAAAGGCAUAUAUGUGCUCUGGUCAAAGACGACGAUUGAAGUUAGAUUCUGUGCCAAGUAAAAAUAUUCCAAAUGCGUCAUUAAUAGAAGCCUCCUGUGAACCAUUAGCAAAUACAAGUAAUAUAAAACUAAAUGUUUCAUGUAUAAAGCAAGAUGGUACAGAGAUUGAAACCUGUGAACCAUUAGCAAGUAUGAGUCACACACAAAGUAACAUAAAAUCAAAUGUUUCAUAUAUAAAGAAAGAUGAUAAAGAGAUUAAAGCCUCCUAUGAACCAUUAGCAAAUACAAGUAAUAUAAAAUCAAAUGUUUCAUGUAUAAAGGAAGAUGAUACAGAGAUUGAAGCCUCUUCUGAACCAAUACCAGACACAUGUAGCACACAAAGUAAAGGGAUUAAUAUUAAAAAAAGAAAAAGGAAUGUCUUAAGCCCUGUUACAAGACAAAGAAAUUUAUCACCUAUCAUAAAGAAAUUUUAUCAAAAUUCAAAGAGUUUGACAUCAAAAUGGAAAAACACUACCUUCACAUCACAAGUGAAUAUUGCAAGAAAGAAGAUAUUCUCCUUGUAUGGAUAACGUCUAGCAAACAAACUGUCCCUGAACCCAAUGCACACUUAUAAGAAUGCGACUACAUCAGUCACAACAUAAAGUGAUGGUACAUUUACACUAUGAAAAGAAUAAUCGUGGAAACUUAUUAAAAAGAAAACAAUGAAUUCGUAUAUAUGAAGUUAAACUUUUCAUGAUUAAUUAUUGUUUUUAUAAUAAAUUAAGUCGAGUUUUUA